CCGACGAGCACAACCGAGAACGUCAGCACCGGGAGUGGCGCACCAGGCAGCUGGAUGGCUGCGUCGGCUUCGCCAACCUGCCCAACCAGGUGUACCGGCGCGCCGUCAAGAAGGGCUUCCACUUCACGCUGAUGGUGGUCGGCGAGUCGGGUCUGGGCAAGUCGACGCUAGUCAAUUCCAUGUUCAUGGCCGACAUAUACAACAACGAAUACCCGGGCCCCUCGCACAGAAUCAAGAAAACCGUGGCGGUGGAGAAGACUGUCGCGAAUCUGAAGGAAAACGGCGUAAACCUCAGUUUAACAGUGGUUGACACGCCAGGGUUUGGAGAUGCGGUAGACAACAGCAAUUGCUGGCAGCCGGUGAUAGAGUACAUCGAGUCGCGGUACGAGGAGUACUUGAACGCCGAGACGCGCGUGCGACGCACUGAGGUGCUCGACUCGAGGGUGCACUGCUGCCUGCACUUCAUCGCGCCCUCCGGCCACGGCCUGAAGCCGCUCGACGUCGAGUUCAUGAAGCGGCUGCACGACAAGGUCAACAUCGUGCCGGUUAUCGCCAAGGCCGACACCAUGACGCCCGAGGAGAUCACCCGGUUCAAGAAGCAGAUCCUGAACGAGAUCGCGCAGCACAAGAUCCGUAUCUACGAGUUCCCCGAGUGUGAGGACGAGGACGAGAACCGGGCGCAGCGGGCACUGCGUCAGCGUGUGCCGUUCGCCGUUGUCGGCGCCAACACGGUCAUCGAGGUGGACGGCCGGAAGGUGCGCGGUCGCCGGUACCCGUGGGGCGUGGUCCAGAUCGAGAGUAUGGAGCACUCCGACUUCAUCCCGCUCAGGAACAUGCUGAUCCGCACACACAUGAUGGACCUGCGUGACAUCACCAACUCGGUGCUGUACGAGAACUACCGGAGUCGCAAGCUGGCCGGUCUGGGCGCCGACGGCAAACAGGCCAAGAUCGUCAACAAAAACCCGUUGGCACAAAUGGAAGAAGAGAAACGAGAGCAUGAACGCAAGGUGAAGAAAAUGGAGUCUGAGAUGGAGCACGUGUUCGAGAUGAAGGUCAAGGAGAAGGAAAACAAGCUGAAGGAAUCCGAGAGCGAUCUGCACCGCCGCGAGGAGCAGAUGCUGGGCCCGCUGGAGGAGCAGCGCCGCGAACUGGAGGAGCGACGCGCUCAGUUCCGGCGCGAGAAGGACGACUGGGAGCGACUCAACGGCGUCACCAUCGACGAGCUGCGCCGCCGCGAGCUUGAGUCCAACAGCAAGGAGGCAGUAGAUGGGAAAAAGAAGAAAAAGGGGCUCUUCUAGUGUCUGUCUCUUUCUUCUGCGUACUACCCCCACCUGUCCGUGAGCCUGAGGACCUCUAGUGCCGAUUUCUGACGCCAGUGGGCGCUAGUGCAGCUCCCGGACGGUGCGACCAUCAGUGCCACGGCGAGAGCGUGGUUCUGUGAUGACUUGGUAAGCGCGGCGUCUUGCGGCCGUGCGAGUGGAGGAUGAGAUUGAGGCACCUGUGACUCCCAGCACUCCAUUGCAGUGCGCGCAAGACCCAACUUUGUGUGUGAAUACCGUAUUCUUUUAUGCAGCGUAUUGCGUGCUGACCAAUGUGGCGUAAGUUUUGCUUUACAAGCUUGUCUGAUUAUUUACCUGUGUACCAAUAUGUGGCGCACUUAUCGAUAUCGGUGUCUGUCAAAGCGAAUGCUAUUGUACUUUUUGUACGAUGUCCAGUGACGAAUUUUGACAGUGAAAACUUGCUGCUGAAUUGUUUAGUUUCUCGUCUUAGCCUGCAGAUGUUAAUCGACGUUCACUUUUCUCGCUUAUUGUGUGAAGCCCUCCUGACUCGUUACACAUCUGUUUCGUUCUAGAUGAAAAUUUUCGCCGGUGGACUGUGGGAGAAUGUAUUUCUUCCCCCUUGUUCUCAAAAGCGAUUGUUCACCCUCUAUUUCCUUCACUGGCAAAUAAGAUAAGGCAAAUUAAAUACAGAUCAUGCCAAGCGCCGCUUUUUUAUUGAGCUUUAUUUUCACUGUUGAGGGAUUCGGUAACAAUGAGUGGCAUGGUAAGGAUUGUCAGAUUUGGACACGUACCAGUGAAAAUGAAGCUCCGAGUGUGCGCAUGCGGCGUGGCAUGAACCGGACCGAUCGCUGAGCUUGGACUAGGAUUGUUUGCUCCUCCGCACAGUGGUGCGCUGAAGGCUUGAACCGUGCUACUGCCGUUUAUUUUAUGUCGCUUGCGCAUUAAUGGUGCCGAGCAUGUGGUUUUUGUUGGUGCUCGAUGUAAAAAUUUGCGUUCAAAAUCACCGCAAGUAUGCUUGAACUCGUCCAGAGUUUUGUUACACUUUCCUCUCAUGUGCCAUGAGGUUUUCAGGCCGUAGGUACUUUUCCAUUACUGGUAGCAUUAGAUUUUGUACAAAUACAUUUGCGGCCUCGCUGAAG